AUUCACACGCUCUAGAACUACGGCGCAAAAACACUCGCACAAUUGGAGGUUGGGAACCGAAGUGACGAUGCCUGUAACGGAGUGAGUGGCUUGGGACCACGUCUCGUUGACUUGGUGAAGGGAGUAAAACACCAGUUUAUUCUCAUGGCCCGAUGGAGCGACGGUCGCUGUGACGUCACGACGAGGUCCAGUUGCUGGGCAGCGAUGUGCGAGCAGAACCAACUGUCCAGAUCACCGUCAGCGGUCACCUCUGUGACGACCUCAACUAGCCAGCAGCACCUGGUGGAGGUCUCCUCUAGAGCUGCCUUCUACAAGAAGAAAUGGCGGGGGCAAGUGAGGUACCUCAUUCCGAUCGCUAUACUGUGCGCCCUGGUGUUGUGUCUCAUCAUUGCCCUCAUCUCAUUGGCUCUUUACGAUUCACGCCAUGAAGCUCCUGUUCAACUUUGCGAUUCGAUGGAAUGCAUUCGCUCUGCGGCCAACCUGCUGCAGAGCAUGGACCAGAGGGCUGACCCCUGCCACGACUUCUACCGCUUCGCCUGCGGCCGCUGGCCGGAAGAGCACCCCACCCCGGAAACGGAAAUCAGCCACGACUGGUUCUCGGAGCGCGAAGUGCGCGUCAUGAGGCGCAUCAGAGGUUCACUUUCCCGAAAUGCUUCAGACAAUGAACCAUUGGCGGUGACUCAAGCAAGGACUUUCUAUCGGUCGUGUCUGGACACAGAGGCGCUGGACCGGAUGGGGCUGGAGCCCAUGCUGAGGACCCUGGAGAAGCUGGGACUGCCUCGCAGGCCGCCGGUCAGGACUCCCACGGCGGGCUUCAACUGGCAGCGCGCGAUGGCCCUGGGCCAGCUGGUGCUCAACAAGGAGGUGAUGGUGGGCUUCGGCGUGUACCCGGACUCUAGGAACAAGUCGGUGAACCGGCUCACCAUCAGCUCGCCGGACACCGCUUCGCCCUUCCCGGGGCACCACGACAUGGAGCAGCAGAUAGACCGCCACAGACGGCGGACCCACGGGGCCAAUCAGGACAGCGACUCGCCCGAGGAGCUCGCCUUCAGGCAGUACGUCGUGGACAUCAUGCAGUACGUCCACUACUGGGGCACUGACGAGCAGCCCGACGACGAGAUGAAGAGUCUCUUCGAGAAGGCAGCCGUCACGGUCAGCGACAUGGACAUCCUGCUGUACAACAUUUCUUCCGAAGACGUCGAAGUUGAUCCUGUGUUUAUGAUGGUUGACGAGUUGCAAGAACUUACCAACAGUGCGCCCAAGAAAAACAACCUUUCCGAGCUCAACUGGAGAGAAUUUUUCACGUUCGUCUACGAGGACCACGAAAACAUUUCUCUUGACCUGGACGGAGAAGAUAUUAUUGUUGUCUACAACACGGAUUAUCUAAGGAAUCUUUCUACGUUGCUGUCAAACACAUCGUCUGAAACAUUAGAACUGGUUUUGUGGUGGGACAUGGUCCGUGUGCUGGCACCAACUACCAACAAAGAGCUUAGAAACAUCAAGGAAACCUACAUCCAAAAGGUGACCAACGGAAGAGCUUCAGAAUCGAGAGCUACGUUUUGUACCCAUGCUGUCAAUCAGAAAAUGGGAAUGGCUGUGAGCUAUUUCAUCGUAGACCAAGGAUUCAUCUCCAAAACGAAAGAAAAGGUGAAGGAGAUGCUGUCGGACAUCAAGAGCGCCUUCAGGGUCCUCGUCGACUCCCUGGACUGGAUGGACGGCGCCACGAAGAAGGCCACUCUGGAGAAGUCAUCCUCCAUCAAGAGCUUCAUCGGCUUCCCCGACUGGCUGCUGGACGAGGAGGAGCUCAACUCCUACUACGAAGGUCUGGAAGUAAACGAAGACGCCUACCUGGAUAACUUGCUGGCGUUCGGCAAAAGAACCACAGAACAAGUUCUGGGUAAUCUAAGAGAAAUAAACGCUGAGGACAGCUGGGCUACUGACCCCACAGACGUGAACGCUUUCCACACCUUCCAGGCUAAUGCUGUUACUGUCCCAGCCGGUAUCUUGCAGUUUCCUUUCUACAGCCUUGGGCUUGAGGCUCUUAACUACGGCGCGAUUGGAGCUAUUCUUGGACAUGAGCUCACUCACGGAUUCGACGAUACAGGUCGCCAAUACGACAAGCACGGCAACAUGAGGCAGUGGUGGACCAACUCCACCAUCGAGGAGUACGUGAACAGGACGCAGUGCUUCGUGGAGCAGUACAGCUCGUAUCGCAUGGACGAGAUCGACGCCUCCGUUGACGGCAAGAGAACCCUCGGAGAAAACAUCGCUGACAACGGAGGACUGCGGGAAGCUUUCAUCGCGUACAGUCUGUUCAGAGAAAGAAACGGACCCGAGCCCAGGUUGCCAGGGCUGGAAAAGUUCUCACACGAACAACUUUUCUUUCUCUCCUUUGCUAAUGUGUGGUGCGAGUCGUGGUCCAGGCGGUCCUUGCAGUGGUCGCUGCAGGACUCGCACGCGCCCAACCACGUGCGGGUCAAGGGCGCGCUGACCAACUCCCAGGAGUUCUCGGCGGCCUGGGGCUGCCCCGAGGGCGCCGGCAUGAACCCCAGCGCCGCCAGGUGCCGGCUGUGGUAGACGCCGGGGGAGGCCUUCUCCUCACACACGAGGCAGCCACACACCCCGAGUUACCCGAACUUCAUGGCACAGAGAAAAAAAGUUUUGUUUGAAUCAAACAAAUAUUUGAUUAUAUAUGGCGAAACAAAUAUUUACUUAGUGGAACAAAAUAUUUUUUUUAGCUUAACCAAACUCAGUAAGUAACAAAAAUUAUUUGUUACACCUAUCCAAAUAUACAUUUGAGUUGACAAAAAAAUUAAUUUUUGGGUCAACAGAAUCUUUCCUACUACAAAAUAGUUGUUUGAAUUAACAAAAUAUAUAAUUAUUUCGCCAUAUACAAACAAAUAUUUUGUUGAGAAAAACAAACCUUCCUCUCAGUGAUGCUCGCUUUUUUUUUCCGUUCCAUCUCAUUGUAUAAACCGGCGUGGCAUUAAAUUUAAGCGGUCGAUUAGGAUAGGUUACCUACGUUAUAAACACUUUAUAAAAAAACAUUGUGGAUGGUUUGUUACAUUAGGUUAAGUAUAGCUACAUUAAAAAAAAUACUGUAAAAAAUCAUUUCAUGGUUGCUUAGCAAAUAACUUUUUUUUUUUAACAUGUAGCCAUCCGGGGCUAGGAAACCGUUCACAUGAUUUCACAGUAAUCUUUAAUGUUAGCCAUCCUAACCCAAAUUCAACCGUCCACGAUGUUUUAAAGUAUUUAUAAUGUAGCUAAACCUAACCUAAUUGACCAUUAGUAUCCUUUUUAUAAACACCGCCAUGUUUAUUUACGAUGAACAAUAAAAAAAGAAAAAACCUCCGAAGAUGCACGAUCGUGCGUUUGGCUCUCUCGUGUGUUGAAAGAAGGCUGCCCGUAGGUGCAGCGUCUCACAACGCCUCGCCACUCCUCUUGCGGCGGCCUGGCCUGGCCUGGCGAACCAGCACCGCGAAUUUACCUCGCUUCUGAUAUUUCCUGGGUUUUUGUUUUUUACGUUGAUAACAAGAUAUCCAUAAAAGACUAUUCCAGUUUCAAUUUCAUAUAUAUAAUAUAUAUCUAUAAUAUAAAAAUGAAUCGAAAAAUGUGUUGGUAAGCGCAUAACUCAACAACGCCUGGACCAAUUUGGCCAAUUUUUUUUUUUUUUUUUUUAAUGUUCAUUGAAGUUCAAAGAUGGUUUUUACGGCGAGAAAAAUCCGAAUAAUUGCCGGGAAAACCCUAAAACCAGCCCUUUUCUUUUUCCCAUACAAACGUUUUAUAUCUAAAACGAGCACUCAUUGUUGUUUAAACAAUGUAGGUAUGUUCCUAACGUCAAAGAGUCAAUUUGCACUUCAUUACCUCUGUACAAAGUUCAAUAAUAUCUAUCAAAACAGUGUGCGUUGGAGCACAGAUAAACAAAAAAAAAAUAAACCGAAAUCGAUUAGUUCAAUUUGGUCGGCUUUGCGAUAUUAUUUCAUUUGUUUUAAUUUAAAAUGCACCAGUUUUCAAGUCAUUACAUCAGUCAAACAAAACCAGCGUUACCAAAAGUAUUUCAUAAGUUUAAGUUUUUAUUAUUUCAUUUCCCUAUUUUAAAUACGGCUUGAAGGAUUUGACUCCAAGUCAUAUCAAAUUUAAAAAAAGUUGAAACAACAACAAACUGUCAAUGUCAGUGUUUUUUUUUUUCUUGGAUUUUAGGUUACCUACCCUAAUGAGUUUGCUUUUGUCAACUUAUACACGAAACAAAUUCUUACCUAUAUAGUGUUUUGUGCAGUGUUUAUUUACCUAUUAUGAUCGAUAAUUAUUGCAUGUGACAAAAUAUUCUAUAAUAUAGAUAUGCCUCCUAUUAGACGAAUCAAUUUAGGUAGAAGAACCCGAAAUGCUACAAACCAAGCUAAUUACCGAUCUAAUCAUGCACUACAAUGAAAAUAAAAAUUAUUAUGUUUCACAUGAUUAACAAUAAAGAGAUUACUUAUUUUUUAUUUAUCUUUUUAUUUAUAUGUUUUAUUUAAUUAUAUUUCUUAUUCACAACACCCUAUCACCAGGGUGACGGUUCUGUUGAGGAGAAUUUUUUGCCCCGACUAUAAAAUAUGUAGGAACAAAAAUAUGUCACAUUACAAAUCAUUCUGACAGGACUUUAUUGCAAUUUAAUUAGACAGUACGAAGUCUGCCGGGUCAGCUAGUAUAUGUAUAUAUAUUACUAGCAGAACCAGGCAGACUUUGUCAUGCCAGUUUUUUUUUAUUUUUUUAUUUAUUUACCUCUUUAUAUCUAAAAAUGGAUGGUUUGUAUGUAAUCUUUUAUCUAUUAAGCGUUUUAAAUGGUACCGGUGUUCCAUUUUAAACUCACUCGCGAAAUACUCAGUAACAGUAAUAAAAAACUAUUUUUUGUUGUUGAGGAUUAAGCACAGUAAAAAAACAAUAAACCAAUUUCCAUAGCUGUAGUAACAGGCGUUGCCCGGGUGAUAAGCUGUCCGCGAAUUGAAGGGAAAUGUAUAGCGCUAUAUGACAGUGUGGUGGACAUAGAGAAAUGACACACAAUUGCUGUUUGUAUGUCUAUGACGUAUUUUUUUCUGUUCACCCGUGACGAUCGGUCGAACGGUUUAGAAGUCGAUGCGCUGCAGCGCCAUCUAGUGGAGAGUUACAAAAAAAAUGAAUAGCAUAAAAUUUUUCUCCAUGGAAAAACACUUUGACGUGUCAACUUUCAUGGCGAUCAGUCGAACGGUGUCGGAGUUUAUCGAAGUCAUACAUACACACCAACAUCUAAUUGUAUAUAUAGUUAGAUAAAAGUUUAAUUUGACUAUUUACAACAAAUCAAACAUCAAAACGUAUGUAAACUAACUUAGUUAUUUUUUUUACAAAUUUCCAAUAUGUGCAGCUUUAGUUAUAGGGCACACAUCCACCCUAAAUGCGAUUCUUCCCAGACUUGGUUAACAAGUCCGGAGUAAUGGAAGCAACAGCCUCUUCAAUUCUGUGUCUCAACUCUGGCAAAUCAUUGGGUAGCAGCGGAACGUAGACACGAUAUUUUAUAAAGCCCUAAAAUAAAAAAAAUUCGCAUGUGAAAAAUAGCUCUGUCAUCUCGACCAUUACGACCAAUCCAAGGUUCAGGGACUUCGACGGUCAACCAAUAGGGAGGGGCUCCAUUCUCAAAUCACAGAUUAACGCUUAGCAGAUUGCAGAACACAAAACACUUCAUGCUCAGGAGUCGCCAUUUUGCGAAUUGGGCGCUGCAAGCGAGAAAACAACAAUGCAGUUAUUGCGCAUACGCUUAUCCAAAACUGUUUGAGUUACUCUUUAAUUGUGACUUUGAACCAAAACUCUACAAAGCUCACAGUUGAUACUUUGAAAAUUUAUAACUGGGAUAUUCUUUUAUGAAUAUAUUGUAUAACCAUGUUAUAACCAUAAUACAACCAUAUUAUUUCAAGGAUUUUACUAAUUAAACGGCAAAAUUGUAGGUCAGCAUGAAAUCAUAUGGUAAAACGUUUUGGAUUAUUAGUUCGUAGUAACCCUAUUUUUAGUAUAUUAAUCAUCAAACCAAUAAAAAAUUAGUUUUUCCCCAAAACCCUAAAAAAACUCAGGUUUUUGAAUUUUUUUUAUUUUAAUGAUUAAAUAAAUGAUAUACUAAAAAUAAAGAGCCAAGACGAAGUUUAUACAUGAACAGUUAUUCCAAAACUGUAUACAUACCACACGAUUUCAUGCUUUCAGUACAUGUUAUGACUGAUGUCAUUUUGCCUUUAAGUUCAUAAAAAAAUCAUUAAACAAAGAAUUGUCAGGUAGAAAAUAAAAUUUUAUAAACAAUUAAAUCUAGUAAUAUUUUGAAUCUUUAUAAAAUAAUGUGCAAAAAAAUAAUAAAUAAUUUAGGAUUCUACCUCUUUAAGUUGUAAUUUGACGCAGAAUGCACUACUACUACAAAUAUAAAACACUAAGUGCGUUUAAAACUUGGACCAACAAGGUGAUGCGAGAUUUCAAAACCUAAGAUACGUAACAGGUGCGUCCACCAUGACAGACGAAUUUCACAGUUCUGCUAGCCACGAAGCUGUUCAAUUUUGGCGCCAAAUUUUAAGUCCCCUUCGCGGGACGCAAGGCCUCCGUCCAGACCAUAGACUAACGAAGAGGUAGAAGCACUCAAUACAGGAGCAAGGAAAGGAUAACGGAACAGUUAUGUGAUAGUUUUAACACAGGGUUCAUAAACAAUGCACAGCAUGGCAACACGCCGUCAAAGCAAUGAAAAUCGCGCUCGUUUAUAAAGCACGCAAGACACAAGGCUUCAUAAACUCUACAAAUUAAAUUUGUGUAGCAUCAGAAUUCAAAUAUUUCUUCUCAAGGCUGUUUUUUAUGAUUAAUAUUUAUCAUGAUUCGUAAAACGUAGCCAAUCAUUUGAUUUAAAAGCGGGAAUUUCUUUACCUCUGAGAAAAUUUAACAAGUGUGUUCAUGAUGUAUAUAGUUAAAAUAGCAUCGUGGUCUUCUGUGCACAUAACGUCAGGUUCUUUAAAAGUUUUCGGAACACUUACCUCUCUUCAAGUAUGGCCGUCGAAAACUCAAGCCAAAAUUUAAAAAAAAAAAAAAAGUUGGAAGUUGAAGAAUGCUUUUGUUGAGUUAUUGCGCCGUGGGUAGUUUAUAAGCUGGUUCACGAUAAUGCGAUAAAGCGAUUUUGCUUCUUGCGUUCUUGCGUUCUUGCGAAGUUUGUAAACGAGGGAUUAAAGGUUGCAGUGAGCAACUUCAUGUGCAACCCACCAACGCAUAGCUGGCAAAGCUGGCGUUUGGGGUCGACCAUUUAAUAACUAGAGCUGUUUGUUGUCAGAUUUUCAUAGUGUUAGCACUAUAUAUACAGGUCACACCAAAAGGGUUUAAGUAUAACUGUACGUGUGAGAUAAUAUUUUGUGGUAAUUGACUUCCAUUAAAAAUAUUAAUUAUUUAUUUUAAUAAGUCUUAAAUUUCUAAAUGAAUUAAUUACUAAUAAAUAAUUAAUAAUUACUUAUUGUAGUAAUCAUUUCUUAAACUAAACAAAAAAAAGAGUUUUUGAAAAUCUUUAUUACUGUAGAAGGAUUUUUUUUUAAAAGUGGAGUUUAUAUUAUAUAUUUUUGUUUGAUUCAACAGAUCU